GGAGGAUGGCUGGAACUGCUGGCGGCCGCGGCGGGAGCUGCAAGAUCCGCGGCCGGCUACAAAGGGAAUGACGGGGCAUUUGGGGCAAUAGAGAACCCGCGUCCUGUCUCUGGCUCAGCAUGGCUGGUCUCAUCAAGAAGCAGAUUCUGAAGCACCUGUCCAGGUUUACAAAGAAUCUCUCCCCUGAUAAAAUCAACUUGAGCACUCUCAAAGGGCAGGGGCAGUUGACGAACCUAGAACUGGAUGAAGAAGUUCUGCAGAAUUUGCUGGAUCUGCCCACUUGGCUAGCCAUUACUCGAGUUUUUUGCAACAAGGCCUCCAUCAGGAUCCAGUGGACUAAAUUGAAGACUCACCCAAUCUGUCUGUAUUUGGAUAAAGUUGAAGUGGAGAUGCGAACAUGUGAAGAGCCCAGGCCACCCAAUGGACAGUCUCCCAUUGCUGUUGCUUCAGGACAGAGUGAAUAUGGAUUUGCAGAGAAGGUUGUGGAAGGUAUGUACAUUAUUGUCAAUUCAAUUACCAUCAAGAUACACUCCAAGGCCUUCCAUGCAUCAUUUGAAUUAUGGCAGCUUCAAGGAUAUAGUGUCAACCCCACCUGGCAGCAAAGUGAUCUUCGCUUUACCCGAAUCACUGAUUCACAUAAGGGAGAGGUUUUAACAUUUAAAGAACUCACCUGGCAGACUCUUCGAAUAGAAGCUGAUGCUACAGAAAAUGGAGAACAAGAUCCCCUCACUACCCCUCUAAGACUUAUUACUAACCAGGGCAAAAUCCAAAUAUCACUUAAGAGGAAGACAAAGGAUUGCAAUGUGGUGGCAUCUAAGCUCAUGUUCCUCCUUGAUGACUUGUUGUGGGUGCUAACUGACUCUCAGCUGAAGGCAAUGAUGAAGUAUGCAGAGUCCUUGAGCGAAGCCAUGGAGAAAUCAGCUCAGCAGAGAAAAAGUUUGGCUCCUGAACCUAUCCAAAUCACGCCUCCUAUUCCCAGUACCCAACAAUCUUGGCCGCAUUCAUUUGGCAGCACCCAUAAAGCUAUCAGCCAGUAUUUUGAAAUGUAUGAUAUGAAAGAGUCUUCCUAUCACCUUCUUAUUUCCCGUCUGGACCUUCACAUAUGUGAUGAUAGCCACACUCGAGAAACAGGUGCUUCCAAACAUGGUAUAGUGGGAGGUGCAAUGCAAUUAACUUUCAGGAAGAUGGGCUUUGACUAUUAUCCUUUCCAUUGGGCAGGUGAUAGCUGCAAACAUUGGGUGCGAUAUUGCGAUGCCAUGGAGACCUGGGAACAUUGGGCAAAAAAACUAAUGAAUGAAUUCCAAAACAAGAUGGGAAAAUAUAGUGAAGAAAUAAAUUCUGCCUUCUUUAAAACCGCAGAGAAGGAAUCUCCCUUGAAAAAGAGACAAGAUGCUGUUUCUAGUUCUCCAAAAAGCUCUACAGAGAAGGGGUUACAUCAAACCAGCACACCACCUCAUACCCUGCUAGGACUCCAAUGGCCUGCAUGGAAUAGACUCCGAUCCAGUUGCCUGGUUGUUCGAGUUGACGAUCUGGAUAUUCAUCAGGUUUCUACAGCUGGACAGCAGAGUAAGAAGCCUUCAACAUUACUUUCAUGUAGAAGGAAAUUAUUGAAUCUUCCUGAACAUACGUCAGCAAUCCAUAUAGUUUUCACGGAGUACUAUUUUCCAGACCACACUACUUUUCCAGUCCCAAGUCCAAACUUGUACUUGCAGAUGAAUGGUUUGGUUUUCACUUUGGACACAAGGAGCAUGCUUUGGGUGAAUUUAUUCUGCCUUGAUCUCUAUCGCAGUCUACAACAGUUUAAAGCUAUAUACAAGCUGGAGAGCUCUGGAAAAAGGGAGGAACACAUCGAUAUUCGAUUGGAUGGCUUUAUGUUAAAGGUAAACAUCCCAGUGGACAAAAAAGUAAUUGAUCACCAGGACCGUCCCCAGUGUCUCUCUAUGUCCACAUCAGAAGUGACAGCUACUAAUACAAGGCAUGGACCUCAUUGCAGCUGUUUAGCCCUGCAGAACCUGUUCCGUAGAUUUGCUGCUUCUGAAUUCUUCCAUUCUAGCUAUACCAAAUUCCCUAAAUUUCAGGACAACUUUAGUCUCUUGCAUACUCUCUUUCUACGUCACGCGUACCAGGUGGAUACCAAUGUCCAGCAGCACACAGAUUUCUGCCACUUUCCUGGCAAAUCUUCCGUUUUUGAAGAUCUUUGGUCUGUUAAUUUUACCCAGGUGUCCUUGGAUUUUGAGGGGACCAAAAGUUCCAAAGGAGAGGCCCUUAACUUUAUCUACCCUUUCCCACUCUGUGUGUGGGCUUGCCUCCCAAAGAAAUGGGAACAAGCCCAGGCAGCAAUGCUGAAAGUUUCAUCUACCUCAAAUGUUAGACUUAAAUCUUCCACGACUUUUAGUAAUCAUACUGAGAACCAGGUCUUUUCCGGUGAGGAGCAAUUCUGCCAAAGAUCAAAGACUGAGCAGAAUUUGAGAAGCAUCUACCUUACCCCAGAGGCAAAGGAAGUCUUGGAAGAAAGUUGUACUGUUAAUGAUGAAGGAAAUGAUAAUGAUUUGGAAAUAUCUGCCGAUAUCCACGUUCUUCUGUAUUCAAGUGCACAUAUGAAGGUGCAACUCAAUCAUUAUCAGUAUUUGAUGCUACUUCGAAUGAAAGAAGUACUACAGACUUUUCAAGAGCAAUUUACCCUAGAUACCCAGGAAAUAACUGGGUCGCCUUUAGAUUCCAUAACCACUUGCAUAGGCAUCAUGUUCAACAGUACUGAGGUAGCUUUGCUAAUGCAUCCUGUUCCUGGUUCUUCACUAGAACCAAGAUCUGUAGAUUCAGAUUCUACCAGUCUAGUUGAAUCUGAACUCUCAGCGUCAGAGAGUAGGGAAAGACUAAUUGCUGAAAGCAAAGAGCUGAAGUCAGAUGUUAGCUCCGAGAAGGAAAAUAGUAGUCCCAUCAAAAUGUCAGAAGAUACAGGAACUGAGAAUACAGAUAGGAAUAUGACUGCAUCGCAAAAUGGAAUGCUGAAAUCCCAAACUGAUGGAUCUUUGACAGAAGAAGAAUUGCAUAGUCAAGCCACUGGACAGAGGAGCCCUGUAGAAGAAGCACAUGAAGCUGAAGAAAUCCCUGAAGCAGAGAAACAGUAUGAGCACGUCAACCUACCUAAGACUUCUGAAGUUCUUCCUUCCAGACCAUCUUCCAUUGUAGAUCCUUUAGGUGGCAUACAUAUCCCUCUUAAUGGGCAAGAAGAGUUGAUUCCAUUGAGAAAUAUGGAGUUGGAGUUAUCUAGUGCAUUGCAUAUAACAAAGGAUGCCACCAAGGAAGCCUUGCAUGUUACUAUGGACCUCACUAAAGAAGCCAUGUCAAUAACAAAAGAUGCUUUCAGUUUGAGCAAGGAAAAAAUGGCUUCCACUAUGCAGAAAAUGCUGUUCCACCCCCAAAUCAACAGAGAUCUUUCACCAAAGCCUGAAGAGGCAGCAGUGACUCAAGUAGGAAGUAAUAGUGAAAGUGUGCGUUUUUCCUCCAUGAAGAAGACUGCUUCACAACAUUCCUUUGAUACCAAUUCGUUAGAUGGCAGUGGUCUUGAAGAUAGACUGUCAGUAGAUAGUGAUGGCAGUGAUGGCUUUGUUAUGCUUAUGGAUUCAGAGCCCAGUCUUGAUCUUCUUACCUUAGGACAACUUCCCCAGAUGCAUAACGAUAGAGUCAUUAGACCAAGCUCAGUGGGAGAUGAAGAAAGAGGAUCUACUUGUGUUAACAGCUCAGCUUCUCUGAGUGGACAGGACCCUAAUACUCAGUUGGUUUCUGUGCUGGUGUUAAAAACGAAUGAAUUGAAUUGUGUAAUAGAAUCAAAGAGAGAUGAUAUGACACUUGCUCUUCAAGUUAUGGAACUAACUCCUGAACAUCUGGGAAAUAUCAGCAUGUGGCAGUACCUGCAGAAUGCGCCCACAGGAGUUCCAAACACAGAGAGGUCUACAACUACUGAAACUAUCCAAACCCAACCUGAGGUGUGCUUACGAUAUGAAAUUGGACCAAGCGCUGCAGUGCACUCACCUCUGGCUGUCCAAAAUGGGUUUUUUCAUAUGCUGAUCCAUAGCUAUGAGACAGAACUUCUGACAUCAUCUCUUUCUAGCAUUGGGCUCUUCCUUGAAGAUGAAAUCAUUCCUGAAGUUAUUCCCAUGAAGAUUGAGAUUGUGAAUACCAAGAUUACCUUAAAGAAAUCAUCACAGAAAAAAAGCUAAAAUGGUCUAUCGUUGGCAUAUCCCCCCGGCAAGAAUCGCAAGAAUGUUCCCGGGAGUUUCUCCGGCAGUGUGGGAAUGGUUGUGGGACGUACUACCGCCAAUGGUGGACGUGCCCCAAAGCAGGCAAAUAUUGGUCCAAGGUUCGGAACUGGAUGGUGGAAAUUACAGGAUAUAAUAUAGAGCUGAAACCAGUGAUUUUUUUAUUAGGAAUGAAAGCAGACAAAAUAACUAAGGAAAAAUGGUAUUUGAUCCUCCACAUCACUACUGCAGCUAGGAUACUAUACGCGCAAGAAUGGAAAAACGAAUUAAUACCCACAGAAAAUAAAUUGAUUUGGAAAAUUACAGAAUGCGCAGAGGCAGACCGGUUAACGAAAUUACUUAGGAAACAAAAAGAUUCUGAUUAUUACAAAUGUUGGAAUUUAUGGUAUAAUUGGGUGAAAGAAAAGAGAGGGAAAUGAAAUGGAUAGGCGCAGAUUUGUGUACGUUAGUUGCAACAACCUUGUAUGUAUAUAUGUAAAGUAUUGUAUUUUAAAAAAUGAAAAUAAACUUUAUUUAAAAAAAAAAAGAAAAAAAGCUAAUCUCCUACAGUCUAAAAAGAAUAGAGUACGAAUGGGAGAAUGCAAAUUCAGGCACAAACUCUUAAAUUUAAAUAUUGUUUUUAAAUAAUCAACUGGACACAGUUUAAGUCAGGAAGAGAAAAGUCUUGAUGGAGCUGGCCUUUCAGGUGGAUUGAUAAAAUGAUGCUUCUCUCCUUCUCCUUCUCCCUUUCUUAUACUUAAAUUAGGAUGAAUACAUGCAUUCAAAUUCCUCCUGUCAAGAUUGUUGCUUGGAUUUUUUUUUGACUUCCGGUUUGGCGUCGCGGUGAGACAGUCGGGGAAAUAGCGGGCACUGAUGAGCGCCACAAAAACCCCGGCUGCCGAACCAUCGCCGAUGCGUCUUCGUACCGGAACCAUCUUGCAGGGACAGGGGAAAAGAAGGGGUGCCUCAGAUGACCAAGAGGAACAGGCAAGUUCCUCAGAGGUCAGAGGGAAUCCUCUGUGAGUUGGCAGCGGGGGGAGGCAGCCAUUGAGGCUGCCACGAAGCUGGGACAACCGGGUUAAGAGAUGUGCAGAAGGAGAGUGGAUUGAAACGGAGCAUUUUGAAGCUGGGUUCAAAACCCAGGCUUGCAACAAUGCUUGGAGCAAUAUUAUUAACUAUAAGACCCCUAGCCUUAAAACAGCAGCUGAACAACAAAGGCGCUAUGGAAAGUUUAAACUGUAAUUUUAAAGAGAUAAAGACCUGACAAACAACUAACUCUAGAACAGAACUAAUGGAAUUAAAUAUCGAGACAUGGUGAAAAGACUGGAUAUUUCAAAACUGGAAUUGGAUUUAUAAAAGAAGAAGAUUUGAUACUUUUAAAAUCGACGGAAGAAAAGUAAACAACUGGACAGUUAUAUAAUUGUAAUAAAAUGGAUACUUGCAUGACUAAUGGAAAAUGUGGAUUGUAGAGGGACACCUUCUGGUCUAAAAAGGAACAUUCUAACUCAUUUUUGUUAUGGAAAAUUUGGACUUUACAGACAACAGUCGUGGGAUUUUGUGUAGGAGAUUUUUAUUUUCUCGUCUUCAGGCAGCUUGACUUUGAUGAAAAGAAAAGGAAACUACAAUGGAACUCCUAUAAUUUGAAUAAUAACAAUUUAUUGGCGAAGGAACAAAAGAAGGAUUUAGUGCAGGCUUAAAAGAAGGAAAUCUGAUGCAUUUUAUCCAGAUUAAAAAUAAGAAAAAGAUUUAAUAUGGAGGACAAAAUUUGAAGACUUUGAAAAUGGAAGGAAAUAUAUAUUAGCAGGCGAGAAAGUGAAGAAAUGAUAGACACGGCUGGAAAAAGAAAAAAGAAGAAUUAAAACAAUAUGAUUAAAAAUGAAAAAUGUAUAGGUGGUGGUAAUAAUAAAAAGAAGCUUCUUAUAAGUUAAUUAUGGAUGUUUAAGAUCGCAGACCCGCGAUCCCCUUCCCGAUUCCAAACAUGGGGUGUGCAGAGACAAAAAAAAGUGUACCGUGUUUCAGGCGGCGGAUCUGGCCAGGAGGAAAGAGAAGAGUCUGCUGAGAAGGAGGUCGGGGGCGCGCGGCUCUGCAAUGUGCAGAAAAACACUUUUAGGCAUCAGUGCUACAAUCUCCUCCCUGAAUCCAAAGCAAUUCCCAGUUCCCCACUGCACAUUGCAGGUGAACUGGCCGCCACCUGAAGCGCAACUCUUGAGGUUUGCAUUUUGGAAUCCGGGCAGCGAUGGCUGGAAAGGAGGAACGUUUUCCUUUAGGAGCUCCCAUUCAGCUUGGCUUGGCUCCUGGGUGCAGAGGGAUUAGGCAGCGGCAGCGGCGGCUCCUCACAUGGCUGGGGAGUGAAGUCAGCGCAGCCAGAGGGGUGACCAGCCGCAAAUCGUGGCACCCGCCUUGUUCCCCAAAGCUGCUGGGCAGAUUCCCCCCCCCACUGUCCCGAAGAGGGAGGGUUGUUCCUCAGGCUGUGCUCUGUCCCUCCCCCCAGAGCACUGGUAGGCAGAGGUAAAAUACUUUUUUCCUUGUUUUCCUCCCCCAAAAUUAAGGUGCGUCUUAUACUCCGGUGCGUCUUAUACACCGAAAAAUAUGGUAACUGAAAUAAGCAAUGUAUAGAUGGAUGGAAACAACAAAGGAUGCUGGGAUUAAUAGUAAAGCUAACCAUGAUUAUGCUGUGAUCAACAGCCAAAAAAUAAAAAAGAAUAUGCUGUGUUUAACAGCCAAAAAAAAUAAAAAAGCUAUGCUGUGUUUAGCAGCCAAAAAAUAAAUAUGACUAUGCUAUAUUUAACAGCCAAAAACCAAAAAUGAUUAUGCUGUGUUUAACAGCCAAAAACCAAAAAUGAUUAUGUUGAGUAGGACAACAAAACAAAGAGGAUUUUGCUGGAAGUAACAGCAAAAAUGGAAUGAUUAUGUUGAGUUUAACCAGAAAGAUAAAGAUAAAGAUGUUAGGUUUAAUAGUAAAAAUAAAAUGAUUUUGCUGGGAUUAACAGCCAAAAAUAAAAAUUAUUAUCCUGGGUAGGACAGCAAAAAUAGGAAUAUGUUGAGAAUAACUGCAAAAAUGGAAUGUAUAAGUUUAAUUUAACAAUAGAAAUAAAGAUAAUGAUGAUUCAACAGUAAAAUAAAAUGAUUAUGUUGGAGUUAACAGAUAAGAAAUAAAAAUGAUUAUGUUGUAAAGUAAUGAAGAUGAUUAAAAUGGGAGUAAUAGUUAAAAUAUUUUUAAAAUGUUUAUAAUAAUGGUAAUGAUUUAUAUUGUUAAAAGAUAUCCAUCUAAGUAAAAAGGAAGAGAAAAAUGGAAUGACAUUUGGUUAGGAUCUAAGAUUUAAGUAAUGGGUUUUUGGGAUAAUGGCAUAAUUGAUAGAAUUUAGAGAAAUAACUGUGUAAAAUAUUAAGUUGUGUUAAUUGGAAGUUAAGAAUUGUUAGUGAUUUGUACUAAUUUAUGACCGGAUCAAUGCUUCAUUUUGGAAAAGAUGUGUUUUAUGUUUGUGUUUUAAAAAAUAAUAAUAAAAAAACUUUGUUCAAAAAAAAAAGAUUGUUGUUUGGAUUUUUUUUCAACUUCCUGACUUUAUCCCUCACUCCAGAAUAGUGGAAUAGGCAGGUGGCCUCUAUAGCAGAGUGCUUUUCUUGAAAUGUAGUUUAGUUUAUAAUAAAAAAGUAAUAUGAAUUUAUACAUCUGUUUUGGUAUUUAUCAGUGAAGACAAUCUGAAAUCCAUUUUCAGUCAAGGUUUAGUGCUUCAUUCUCCCCUCUCUUUUAUGUUAUUUUGUCUUUUAAGCUCAUUGUAGAGAUAAUUGCAUCCAGCCUGAAGCACUUGCCUCUGUUAGCAAAGCUCUAAUUUCAUUUUGUAAAUUAGGAAAAUGAAUGCCUGAAAUUGAUCUGAGCAAACAGAUGGUCCAUAACACAUUACAGAUGUCUUUCCUUUGCCUCUGUAUAGAAAGUUCCAUGGAUUUAAAUGCUCUUUAGCUUAUUCAAAAGGGAUUAUAUUGG